AUGGAGGCAAUCUUUCAUACUUUUGUCACUUCUUAUUUUCUCAGCGAAGAAUGUUAUAAAGAUCUUUUAAUCAAUUGGAAUAUAACCAAUAUUAGCUGUCUUAAGAUGCUAAUUAGUAAAUCUUUAGGUUUUGCUAUUGUAGUUGGGGCUGCUGUUGUAAAAUUUCCUCAAAUUAUCAAGGUCUAUCGUGCUGGUAGUGUUGAGGGUUUAUCACUGCCGUCGUUGAUCAUGGAGUUGCUUGCAGUAGUGGUUAAUGUGGCGUAUAAUGUUGUCAAAGGAUUUCCUUUUAGUACAUGGGGUGAAGGAGCCUUUCUUAUGAUUCAAACAUCGAUUCAAACUAUGCAAAUUUUAUAUUACCGCAAGCAACGUAUACCUUUCUACUUGUUUCUACCUGUUCUUGCAGCUUUCUCCUACUUCUUAAUCUCUGAUUAUUGUGGGCUUCCCUUGCUUAGCAAGUUAACCUGGGCAUCGAUGCCAACUAUUGCUGCUAGCAAGCUAACGCAAAUAGGCACUAACAUUUAUCAUGGCUCUACUGGGCAGCUUUCGAUGGUUACCAUAGUUUUAAUAUUUGGUGGCUCCUUGGGCAGAGUAUUUACAACUAUCCAAGAAACAGCCGAUCCCAUCUUAUUGACAACUUACAUAGUGACAUCUUCCUUAAAUGGUGUCCUAGUAAUGCAAAUUAUCUAUUACUUUAAUAAUGUAAUUGAUAAAACUAAGAAGAAAUUGUAG